UGUGAAAUAAAGUGUUGGGCGAUUUCGUCCCAAGUGCGAUUGGAUUCGAGCGAAACACGUGAAGCCGAGAUGCGGGCGAUGGAGACUUUUUUGCCCUGCGAGGGGAGACGAGGCUGAGGCAAGGAGAUCGGAAGCUAACUAACAGGACUCUGACGUAUACAUUUGUACGCGCACUGCCGUAAAAAAAAUGACCUCAAGGAUACCGCAAGUCUGGGAGUGGGGCUAGAGACGCUCUCGAGGAUUUCUCUGCCGGGCCAGCAGCCAUGUGGCUUCUUAUGUAUAGCUGUCUCGCUCUACUAUCGGCGUCGCAAUCGCAAACAGAUGUGACCGCGGCCACGGAGAAUGUAACAACGACAGCAGCGGCCAGGGUGGAAACGAUAGUGGUGACCAAAGGGCCGAGUACGACGGUAGGAGGAGGGAGGACGCAAUGGGUGGGCUUGACCGUGGCGCCGAUGCUGAACUACAUAUUCGACGCGCACAACAGCCACAACAAGCACCAGCAUUAUCACGACCAUCGCUGGGGGCCGCACUUUGAGGGCAAGAGCACCAAUAUCACGGCUCAAGCUGGCGCCAACGUCAUGCUCGACUGCCGGAUAUCCCUUUUGCAGGACAAAACUGUGUCGUGGGUGCGUCGGCAGGACAACGGCGAGAAGAUGAACCUACUGACGGUCGGGCAGCAAACGUACACCGGCGACUCGCGGUACACCGUGGAAUUUCAGUACCCGGACAAUUGGCGGCUGCGGAUAAAGAGCGCCAACAGCAGCGACGAGGGCCAGUACGAGUGCCAGAUCAGCACCCACCCGCCAAAGUUCAUCCACGUGAAUCUGCACAUCAACGCUCCCUCGGUGAGGGUGAUAGACGGUAUGGGCGAGCCACUGAGGGACAAGUACUACGAGGCCGACAGCACCAUAGAGCUGCUGUGCGUCGUGCGGCACAUGGCCAUGCAAAUGCAGUACAGCGUCGUCCAGUGGCUCCACGGCAACCGGACCUUGAAUUACGACACGACCAGGGGUGGAAUCAGCGUCAAAACGAACCUAAUGGAGGAGGGAGCCAACUCGACCCUGAGCAUCGCGAGGGUCAGCCCGUCCGACAGCGGCAACUACACGUGCGUCCUGACGACCAUGCCCGAGCAGCCAGCCACCGUGCACGUCCACGUCCUGAAUGGAGAAAGCCUAGCGGAGCUGCACCACGGCAGGGCGAGUAGCCAGAACCACCCGCGACUUGGCCUGGGCCCGAGCAGUCCGGCCCUCCUGCCGCUCCUCGGCUUCGUCCUCGGCUGGCUCGUGAGGAGGUGAAGAACCGCCCACGGACGACGACCAGCUCAACCCAACUACUAC